AUGCAUGAGCUUCCUGAAGACUACCAAUCUAUUCAACCAAUCAACUGGAUUUCAGUCAUUUGGCAAGGCAAAUUCUCUCCUAAAAUGAAAGUAUUCUUGUGGAAAACAAUCCAGGAAGCGUUACCUGUGGGCGAAAAUCUCCUUAAUCGUGGCCUUCUAGACAACGCUUGCUGCAUACACUGCGGCGAGUUGGAAACUACGGAACACCUGUUUUUCCGAUGUCCAUAUGCUUCCGAGGUCUGGAUCCAAACACCGCUCACCACCACCGUUAACCCAAACCAAAACCAAACUUUUGCGGAGACACUGAUCGCGUCAAGAGCCUGGACCUGCCUACCACCCACGGGCUUAGGAUCUGGUCCGCUUUUCCCCUGGAUUUGCUGGUCUAUAUGGAAGGCACGCAACACCCUCAUCUUCGAAGACCGGCGCAUCCCACCUACAGAAACUGUUCUAAAAGCAAUCAGAGAGGCAAAGGAUUGGCAAUCGGCUCAGAUCUUGAAAAAAUCAGUAACCAAGAGCUUUACCUCUCCCAACCCACAACCAGGAGAGUCCGGAAUCGUUACAUGCUUCUCAGACGGAGCCUGGUGCAAGGACACUGGCAUCGGAGGUUUUGGCUGGAUCUUCGUCGACACAAACAGAGCGGAAGUGAACAGAGGGUCCUCAGCAGAACGAUUCGUCACAUCCUCGCUUAUGGCAGAAGCGCUAUCUAUUCGAUCUGCCCUAAACCACACCCUGGAGGAAGGAAUUAGCAACAUCCACCUCAAAUCCGACUCGCAAGACCUCAUCCGAGCCCUGAACAUGCAUGUCCAGAUCAAGGAGAUCUAUGACAUCCUUUUCGACAUCCACUCCCUUGCUUCUUUGUUUACCUCGAUCUGGUUCGGUUUCGUACCUAGAUCCGAAAAUGCAUCGGCUGAUUCGAUCGCCAAGUUUGCAAAAUGUCGUUUAAUUUCCUCGUCUUCAUCUGGGCCCCAUCCCAGUUUGUAG